ACGAUGACGAUGGAUACUAUCAUGAAAUACUCUGGUGGUCUUGGCGUGAUUUGCCAUGGCGUUCGAUCGUCCCCGUUAUCGCCCAAUUAGAGCGGUGAAUGGGGCAUCGUUGUCGCCAUGCUUAUUCCGGGUGGAAUCACCACUGUUGCAAGAAAAAAGGAUCCCCCAGAUUGCCAACAUUACCACUCCCAGGCACAGACAUCGUUUAUCAUUCUGCUAGGAUUCUAUUUUAGUAGCUCCAAUAUUCUUUCUCAGCAUUCGACUCUUCCUGAGGUGAUUUUCUCGCCUUGCCUCUCUCGGUUGGUUUCCUGAAUUUUCGCCUUGAGCUCUCCGUCUCCCUUUGCCUAGAGCUGCAACCUUAAAUUUUUAAACUACUCACUGGGCCAACUACCGAACCUUCCGUCUCUAGUACGUCACUCCAGACUCAUCACGAACACUUCUCCGCUCACAUUCGACACACCAGUUACCCCCGUAUUGUUACCCCCGUUCGAUGGCCAUUUUUACUGCUCCCACGUCGUUUCAGAAUGCUCAAUCGCUCGUUCCUCGCCAGCUUUUGACCCAGCACCAGAUAGGUGCCUCGCCGUCCAUUCUCGGAUAUGUUGCUCCCCAUUCCAGUCAUCCCUCCUUCUCGCACUUGAUUCUUCUGGUCUUCGAAGCGGUCCUACAAGUGAUUUGUGUCAGCUUGCCUGGUUACAUCGCCGCCAGACAAGGCCUAUUCGACGCAGACGCCCAGAAAUUGGUCGCCAACCUCAACGUCAACCUAUUCACCCCGUGUCUGAUCUUCACGAAACUGGGAUCCCAACUCACCGCAGAAAAGCUGAUUGAUCUAGCCAUUAUUCCGGUGAUCUUUGUUGUCCAAACCUUGGUCUCUUAUGUCUGCGCACUCACCGUAUCGAAAUGUUGUGGCUUCAAGAAACGACCGGCCAAUUUUGUGACGGCCAUGGCGGUCUUUGGAAACUCAAAUUCGCUUCCGAUUUCCCUAGUCAUGUCGCUCUCACAGACCUUGAAAGGCCUCCAUUGGGAUAGGGUACCCAACGAUAAUGACGAUGAAGUGGCGGCGCGGGGGAUUUUGUACCUGCUCAUUUUUCAGCAGCUUGGCCAGCUCGUACGCUGGAGCUGGGGUUACCACGUUCUUCUUGCCCCCCGGGAGCGAUAUCUUGAGGGGGGAGAAAGGGAGCAGGGUACAACGAGUAUCGAACAAGGCCAGGACCGAUACAGCGAUAACCCAGAGCAAGCGGAUCCCGAUGAACCUUUGAUCAGAACCGCAUCUUCUGAUGGCUCCCGAACUGACUCAAAUGACGAGUCUGAGGUAUUCCGUUCCGGGGAGCAGACACCAGUAUUGGUACGCGCCUACUCGUACACAAAGCUGUCUUCGCAGGAUACCGACCACCCUGGCCUACUGGGUCCUCCUCCACAGGGACCAUUCCUACCCCGGCAAAGCACCGAGGGUGAUAUUUUAUGCUUUCCUAGCGUUGAAGCGUCAGGGGGCGAUCCCGGAAAGGCCGGGCUCAGCUUCCGCGUUAGAACCUCCGUACGUCGUUUUGGUGGUCGCGUAACGAAUACUUGGGAAAGACAGUCAGGAGCCUUGUUCCAACGCCUGCCAACAUUCCUCCAGAAAGUACUAUCGGGCAUUAUGAGUGGGACCCAGAGAUUCUUCCGCGGCCUCUGGCAAUUCAUGAACCCGCCACUUUGGGCAAUGCUUGUGUCUAUCAUCGUGGCAUCCGUACCAUCGCUCCAGCGCUUGUUCUUCGACGAGGGCACCUUCGUGCAGAAUUCCGUGACGAGUGCAAUCCAACAAAAUGGCCAGGUUGCUGUGCCAUUGAUUCUUGUGGUCCUUGGCGCCAAUCUGGAGCGCAAUACUUUGCCUGAAGAAGCACAGCAGGAUAUGGAAAACCCUAAGGAGGAGAAGAAGCUGAUCAUUGCGUCUCUGGUGGCGCGUAUGCUUCUUCCGACGCUGAUCAUGGCUCCAAUGCUGGCCCUCCUGGCGAAAUACGUCCCUAUCAGCAUUCUGGAUGAUCCGAUCUUCGUCAUCGUCUGUUUCCUUCUCACUGGCGCCCCGUCCGCGCUUCAGUUGGCUCAGAUUUGCCAAAUCAACAACGUAUAUGUGGGCGCUAUGUCCAAAUUGUUGUUCCAAAGCUACGUUGUUUGGAUUCUUCCGUCUACUCUAAUUCUUGUGAUGUGUGCCAUGGAAGUGGUGGAAUGGGCUUCCGCCUCGUCCUAGGCGUAUCUCUGCGCUACAAGAUUGACUUUAAUUGCUUCUACGACCAGGUGGCUGGCGUUCAAAAUCCUUUUUGUUUUCUUACAUUGUAUUAUUGGCGGGUUCAUCUUGCUUUACUAGAUUGGCGAAAUCGGGUUCGAAUGGGCGGGUAGGAUACGUCGGGACGGGCAUACCGGUUGCAGGGAGCAUUCCUAAUAGCAUCGUUCAGCAUUGAACGUUCACAAACAUUUUCAUGUUUAACUCUUAAAUUGAACUAUCUACAACACAACAUUACAGUCUACCAGAGGAAUUCACCGCA